AUGACGCAUGAGGACGAGAUUUUCCUGGCUCAGCUACAGGCGAUGCUACAGGAGCCGUGCGGCGGCAAUGCCGCCGGCAUCAGCCCCGCCGGAACGCUUGGCGGCGAGCAAUCCCCCGUCGCCCCCGCGCCAGCCACUCUCGCAGGCGCUACAUUUGGCGCGCAAGCGGCUAACCAGCCUUCCCACAUUCCCAGUCACUUCCGCUCCGCUCAGGCGGCGGCGGAUAAUUCGAGGCGGCGGGAACAUUCCGACGCCAUUCCUCUACCUAUGCCGCUGCGCGCGGCGAAGAGUGUAAAGACAUCUCCGCAAUCCUGGCCCGGAUCGCCUGUGCGCUCUCCGCUCAACGCGCCACGUUCGGCAUUGGACGGCUCGCCCCUCAGAAGAGCCCUAACGGCGGAAAGAUCGAAUUCCUCCGACCCGCGUCUCGGGGAGAUUAAGUUCGGAGGUACUAUGUCGCGCCUCGGUUCAAUGGACGGCGCGAACGCGGGGGCUUCCAUGGAGGCGCCGGCCGCGGCUCCGGCGACUUCGCCCAAGCGGAGCGCGUCUGGCGACGGCAUGGGCUGCCUUUCCGACGAGCCGCAACGCUCGAGCGGAUCUGGUUCCGCUUCCGCGUCUCCCGCCGCCUCUGCUGGGGUUCCUGCUAAAAACGCUGCUACUACGGGCGUUUCCGGCGCGGAAGGUUCCGCGGGAAAGGGCCCGUCGCAGCUGUCGCGACAGCACGCUGGGAAAGGCGGCGGAAGAUUCGGACAGCAAAUCAAGCCAAAAAGCAUGACGGAGAAGCACCGCAGGGAGAAGAUCAGCGAGGGAAUGAAUCGGCUGCGGAUGGUGGUUGACGCGCAUGGUGACGUGGCGUCGAUGCUGAAUUACGCGGUGGAUUAUAUCCAAAAUAUGCAGGCUGCCAAUAAGAGCCUCAGGUUGGAGCUUUUGCGGCGCCAGCUGUCGUGCGGUUGUAACGCGUCAAGCGAUAUCGCACCAGCAUCGCUGAUUCAGCACCUCAAUGCUCUGCAAAAGUAG